AUGGCGAAGAAGGCAGCUGCUCCAACGAAAGAUGCAAAGAAAGUUACAAAAGACGAGAGUAAGGAUGGUGGAAGCAAGGGUAAAGCUGGAAAGGGCGAACUGAAGCCAGCCCAGGCCAUCAAUGUGCGCCACAUCCUCUGCGAAAAGCAGAGCAAAGCCCUAGAGGCACUCGCCAAGCUCCAGGCGGGAGAGAAGUUCAACAAAGUUGCAGAAGAGUACUCGGAGGACAAGGCGAAGGCCGGCGGGAGCUUGGGUUGGAUGACGAGAGGAACUAUGGUCGGAGCCUUCCAAGAUGCUGCGUUCGAGCUAACACCAUCUUCCACGGACAAGCCGAUCAUUAGCCCGCUUGUAAAGACCAAGUUUGGAUAUCAUAUUAUCAUGGUUGAGGGCCGUCGUUGAAAGUUGCGUCACUGUUGGGAUGCGUGUGUUGUUUGGCGUGGUAUGAAGGAUCAAAUACCCAAGUGGCAAAGGGGUUUCAUUGCUGCUAUUCCUAGCACGACUGUUGUACAAUUGGAUGUAUGCAUACAAAGGGCGUGAAUACACUAUUCAUGCUCUGACGCU